AUGUCUAAAGCUAAAAAAUUAAAUAAACACCAGACACCUGAAAAAAAAUUGUCUCCCGUUUCUAUUAGUAAAGAUGGUAACAUAAUGUUACAAAUAUUUGCUAAACCUGGAGCAAAAACAAAUGCCAUUACUGGGAUUGAUGAAGAAGGAAUUGGAGUUCAAAUAAAUGCCCGCCCUGUUGAUGGAGAAGCAAAUUCAGAACUUGUAAAUUACAUGUCAUGUUUGCUCGGCUUGAGAAAGACAGAAAUUUCUUUAGAAAAAGGUUCAAAGAGUCGACAAAAAAUUUUGUUAAUAUCGAAAAAAGAUUUAAGCACCGAAGAAAUAAUUGAAAAAUUGAAGAACGAAAUGAAAUAA